AUGCUGUCCGGCUCCAUCCAGAUCUCCGGAGAGACCCUCUCCUCGGCGGAGGUGAAAGACAUUUGUGACUCUCUGAGGACCAACUCGGUACGGCUAUUGUCUCUGAGGGGCUGUCACAUCUCAGACCGUGAUUUCCACCGCAUCAGCCGGCAUGUGGCGGACUGUCAGUCCCUGGCACAGCUCAACCUCAACCUCGGGGUAGUCAGUAACAUCAACCGAGUGAAACAACUGGCAGAAGCACUGGCAUCCAACAGGUCCAUCCACUCCCUCUUUCUCCAUGGUACUCCCCUAACUGAUUCUGGACUGGCUAUACUGAACCCUGUCCUAUCCCUGCAUCCCUCCCUGAUAUCACUGGAUCUUGGAGACUGUAUUCUGGGAGAUGAAGGAAUGAAUCUCAUCUGUGGAAUGUUGCCGCCGGACGGGGCAAAGUCAGGUCUGAAAGAGCUAACGCUGAGUGCUAAUCCUGCAAUUACAGUGAAGGGUUGGGCACGCCUGGCAAUUGCAGUUGCCCAUAGUUCUCAGCUUCGUGUCCUUAACUUGGAUUAUAAUCCUUUAGGUGACCACAUUGCAGGGAUGUUAGCAGUUGCUGUGGCUUCUAGUCGGACCCUAGAAGUGGUGGACCUGGAGGGAACAGGCCUUACGAAUCAGUCAGCUCAGAUAUUUCUGGACAUGGUAGAGAAUUAUCCCACCUCAUUACGGACACUCAUCCUAGCAGAAAAUAAUAUCAGCUUGGAACUCCAGCAGCAAAUCUCUGAUCUACUUUCUGAGGGAGAGGAAGAGGAGGAAAAUGAGAAUGAAGAACAAGAAGAUGCAGAAAGACAAAAGGAAAUCUGGAUUGCUCAGAGCAAUCCGGAAUCACAGGCUAUCCUCAUGUCAACACACCUUGAAGAUUCAUUGCUGGCAGAAACAGAAAUGUGA